AAUUUCAGGAGUUACAGGGUAAGAAAAAUCUGGAAAUUUUAUGGCUUUCAUCGUUUCUGUAUUCUGAUAGUUUCAGUGCACUGGGACAAUAGAAAGAGAUAGAAAAUGGCAAUGGUGGCAUCACUCAAUCUUGGAUCAUACAGUUACAAGAUUAAGAGAGCAUCAAUGGUUGAAGUAUGUUGUAGAAAAAAAGAAAGAGAUAGAGAAAAUAAUCAUUUCCACCCUUAUAAAGUUAUUGAAAUCACUCCUCCUCCCAAGAAUCUUGGCGUCCGCUGCUUUCCACCCCAGAACUUACAAUGUGGGGAAAGUGUAAGUAUUGAAGGGCAAGCAUACACCAUCUCAGCUGUAACGCAUCGGUAUCAGCUUUGGAAGGGAAAGUACGAAGCUAGUGAGAAGAGGCUAGAUGUUUUAUCCACAGGAAGAUACAUCUUGAACUUGUAUUUAGAAAACUUGCUUGAACAAUCUUGACAUUAAUAUCUCCCAGUUUGCAGAUUAUUAUGUAUUAUUGAUUGAUCAUUAUAUUUAAGAUAUUCUGCAUUUUGAUUA